AUGUUUGCGCUUAACGGGAGCCAUGGAACUCCCUCCUCCUUCAUCCUGCUGGGGAUUCCGGGCCUGGAAGCCCUUUACCACUGGAUCUCCAUCCCGCUCUCCUCCAUGUACGUUGUGACACUGCUGGGGAAUAGCACCAUGUUGUACGUGAUCACCACUGAGCAGAGACUUCACAAGCCCAUGUACCUCUUCCUCUGCAUGCUGGCCACCAUAGACCUGGUCCUGUCCACCUCCACCCUGCCCAAGAUGCUUUGCAUCGUCUGGUUCCGAGCUGGAGAAAUCAGUUCCACGGCCUGCCUGGCCCAGAUGUUCUUCAUCCACGCCUUCUCGGUCAUGGAGUCCAGUGUGUUGGUGGCCAUGGCCUUUGACCGUUUCGUGGCCAUCUGCAACCCCCUGAGAUACGAUUCCAUCCUAACCACCCCCUUGCUGACCAAGAUUGGCAUCGUGGUGGUCCUGAGAGGCACCAUCUUCAUCGCCCCAAUCCCCUUCUUAGCGGCACGCCUUUCAUAUUGCAAGACCAACAUCAUCGCUCACACCUAUUGUGAGCAUAUGGCGGUGGUGAAACUGGCUUGCUCAAGCAUCCUGCCCAACGUGGUCUAUGGGCUUCUGGUGGCCCUGCUGGUGGUUGGGGCUGAUCUGCUGUUUAUCACCUUUUCCUACUGCAUGAUUACCAGGGCAGUCCUGGCCCUGCCCUCACGAGAUGCCCGCUACAAAGCCUUCAGCACCUGUGCAGCUCACGUGGUGGUCAUCCUGGUGUCUUACACGCCGGCUCUCUUCACCAUCCUGACACACAGAUUUGGCCAUCAUGUGUUACCUCAUGUGCACAUUCUCCUGGCCAACUUCUACCUCCUCUUUCCUCCCAUGCUGAACCCCAUUGUCUAUGGAGUGAAGACCAAGGAGAUCAGAGACCAAGUCUUAAAGUUGCCCAGGGUGGAUAUCUCUGGCCAACAGCAAGCCUUUUGGUGAUGAUGUAUAAUCUCACGAUGGUCUGCAGAGCCCUAGAGUGAACGGGGCAUUGCUGAAAACGCCAAUCUGGCACUCACUGAACCAAAGAGCUUGCUCUGCUUUGGCUUAUCACGGCCCCAAAACUUCUGGCAAUUUGGCAAUCAUUGCAUAUAAGGCACAAAGGGAUUGGCCUUGCCUGUCCACCAUGUGUUGGUGAUGAGUGUUCUGGUCCUGCAGUUGCAAAUCCGCCUUUCAGCUCAUCACUUUUUGUGGUACUAUUGGACUGGAUAUCAUCACAGCUGACACCAGCCAGAGCAUAGAACAACUCAAAGAAGCAGUGCAAGAUCAGCAGAUGCGGAGAAUCAUCAAGAGUCUGACACGGCUGAAUGGAUAACAUCAAGGGUCAACAGAAUUCAAGGGAGGCGGGAUUUAGUUCUUUUGUGACAAUGCAAUGAGUCUUAAACUAAUGACACCUUUAACCCCACCUUCCAGCUCAGCCUCUUCAGCACCAAUGAGCUGCAUUUGACUUGCAGGCAGCUACUUUCAGAUUGGGCAGCUUGAGGCGUCAACUGCUUACAAGCAUGCUUCCAUAUCUUGUUGGCAAGUCUAAAUCUCUUUCUUCUUCUCCCCCUCCCAG